UGCCCGCGGAGCGCCCGGGCCGGCCGCCGCGCCGGGGACAUGUCCGGCGGCCGGAGGAGGGGCGGCGCCCCCUGGCACACCUUCUCCCGCUUCUUCGCUCCCCGAAGCCCUUCCCGGGACAAGGCAGAGGACGAGGACGAGAGGCCGGGGACGAGCCCGCCGCCCGCCGCAGGCCGGGGCGCUGCCAGUGUUGAAAAUGAGCCCAUGAGCACAAGUCAGAAAAAGGAAAAUGUACUUUCAUCAGAAGCAGUAAAGAUUCCCCAAACUGAGGACAAAAGGAACCAUGCUGAGAAGCUGAUCACUCUUCCCACGCAGGAAGAUUUGAAAAAGCCAAAUGACCUUUCCCGUUCCACCUCCGAUAGCAAAAUAGGAGAAAAUGAUAAACAGCCAAAAGAAAGCUUUUUUCAGUUUCUUGGUAACUUAUUCAAUAUCUCAGGAAAAUCAUCUCUUAGUGAUGCCAAGCAAUCUUCUUUCAAAGAUGACCAUGACAAAACCGAGAAAGAUUCACAGAAUCCCAGUGACCAUCCUGAGGAAGGGGUCAGAAGGGAAAGGGAGAUUCUCCAUGGCUCCGUGGGAUCCCAGGUGCUUGCAACAGAAGAACCAGAGUCCAACUCAGCUGAACCCUCAGAUGCCUUUUCUUUGGAUACAACACAAGACAGUGAACAGGAAACCAGUGAUUUACUAAAACAACUAGAUGGUAAACCAGAGAAGCCUUCAGUAACAUAUGCAACAUAUCGAGGCCCCAGACAAAUUAAGAAAUAUUUGAAGCACCAGACUGCAUUGGAAACUGUGAAUCCCUCGGACAGAGAAAAUGAAAGUUCUGACUCUAGUAUCCAUGUUGGUUCUGGAAGCGAGACAGAGGCUAGGAUGAUAUCGUCAUUGCCAUCAGCUAGCACAGAUAUAUCUAUGAAAGGGCAUGUGCUCAAAGACGUAUUAGAAGUCACUGACUGUAGCAAAAUAAAACUUAACAUAGAAAGCCAUCUGACCAACAACCCAGAAUUGCCCAAUACUGCUUCUUCUAAGGAAGUUUUAAAUAAAAAUGAUCCUGGGGGACCUGUGAGAAGUAGGUCAUCCCCUUCUUCUGUGACUAACUCCAUCUCCACUGUUAGGGAAUCUGACUCACAGCAUCAUUUAAGUUGUGCACCAGUUUCUCAGGCUGACAGAAAUUUGGUAUGUUUGGCAUCAUUUACAGGAAGUAACAGUGGCAAAGUUCUUUGCAGUCUGGAUUUUCAAGGGAUAACUACGACAGAAACUACAAUAAAGGAAGUCAGCUCAGUGAUGAGUGAUGAGACCUUGGUGCAGAGCGAAGAACAUGUUGAGCCUAUGAGCCCUGCUGUUUCUGACUUCUCUUGUAAUAAAUCUAAUGGGAGCAACACAACCACAUGGGGAAGUACAGAUUUGCCGAGUCCAAAUGAAUCAAUUAGGCUUGAAGAUCCGCAGUUGCCAGAGAGUAAAUGUUCUGACAAGCAAACCGCAGAUAACUCAGCAAAGCAGGCUGCCAAUCACACCAGCAUCCCUGCUCUUCAGAGACAUGCUGUGACAGACACAGAACCUGUAAAUGAAGGAUGUAGAUUGUUUUCCCAAGACUCACAGAAAAAUUUGGCUCCUAGAAAAAUCAAACAAGAAACAGAAAGCACCUUGGUUGGCGAACCCACAACUUCAAGUCUCAUAAAAGCUCCGGAAGAUAGAAUUGAGCCAUUACCCAAAGAUACUGACCAGUUUGUAACAGAAGCCAAAAAGCCUGAUUUUAGGCCACGUGGCAAAAUGCCUCCCGUGGUUAGAAUAAAUCAAAACAACUCUGUCUCUGUAAAACACAUCAGUGAAUCUGCCAUUGUAGCAUGCUUAGAAAAUAAAAUAGCACCUGAACUGAAUUUUGAACCUAACAAAAAUCAUAUUUCAGAAUCUCUUCUUGACUCUGAGAGUCUUCAAGCCAAAGCAUCACCUGAUGUCAGAACAUCUCUUAUCCCUGACUUUAAAAAAUCAGAUUUCAGUAUUUCAUCUCCUACCUUUGUUUCCAGAGUUGGUAUGCCAAACAAGUUAGAUAUUCCUGUUUUAAAGGAUGCAUGUUCCUCUGUGCCCACAGAACCUGGAGAUGUCAACAUUGUUGGUAUUUCCAGUCAGCCUAGUAAGUGUCAAGAAGAAAAUGUGGCAAAUCACAUUGAGGCAACAGAUUGGAAGAAUCCUCCUGCUUGCCUUCAUCUUGAGCACGCAUCUGCAAUUUUUGACUCCAAGCAGCUUCUUCCUGAAGGCGAAAAAAGCCAGGUUCCACUAGACCUUAAAGCCAGAGACAUUCGUGUAACUGGAAUGGAUUUGAGAUUGGAGUCUGAAAGGCUGUCUGAGGACUACAGUUCCAUUUCAUCUCAAGACCCUACUAAAGCAGAACUCAUGCUUUCAAGCACUAGAGCAAGUAAGGGCACUAUAGAGAAGUCAGAUUCUCUUUAUUUGAAAACCAUACCUGGCACUGCCAAAAUUUUAUCAAAAGUGAAAGGUGAUGGUCAGAACAGUGUUCCUGCUGAGUUGCAUUCUGGAGGAAGAAAAACUAUAUCCCUUUCCAAGAUAGCUGUUUCCCAAACAGAGCCUAGAGACAUUUCUCAGAAUAAAAUUUAUUCUCCAUUUGAAGUUACAGAUGUGCCAGGAAAUCUUAUUUUAUCAGAAUUAACUUCCCAAGAGAUUGAACAGGACAAAAGUUUUCAGUCGUUAGAUCAUAAGGAGAUAAGAGAGAAAUACUCAACUUCUGGCCUUAAAGAGAAUUGUCAAACUGAAGGUUCUCCUCCUGCCUCCAAAUAUCAAGGUAUUCAGAAAACAGAGGCAGAAGCCUUAGUUUAUCUUCCUGCCUUUCCCGAAAGUAAUAUAUCUGAGACUUUACCUUCUGUUCAUAAUGAAAAAGUCACUGGGCAAAUGUCACAGAAUUAUGAAGCCAAUGCCUGUGUAAUUCAUCAACCCUCAGAUAUUUGUGGGACUAGAAAGAUUUCUGGUUUCUCAGAAAUGGCAAAACUCAGCUUAACUAGUGCUCCCGCACAAUUCCAAGAAACUGACAGCACAAAAGUAAAUUCACCUUUUCUGGAUUCUGAUAAGAAAAGUUUAGAAAACAAUGCUUUUGCAUCUGAGGAUUCACAAUUUCACAAUUUUCCUAUGCUAAAAUCAGAAAAGAAAGCCUUAUCUCAUAGAAAGAAAGAGAAUGCUCCUUUCCUAAGUGGGGGUAUUGACAGCAUGUCUUCUUCCAGUAACUCUGAAAAAGCUAACGUGGUUUUAAAUUUGCAAAAUCCCCAAAAUAAUUUGAAUUCUGUAAAAGUUACCAGAGAUGCCACUUGUGAAGGUGCCUCUUUAACUAACUUGCUGUACCCUAAGUGCUCUUAUUUGGAAUUGGAAACAUCUAUCCCAACAGGGUCAGAAGUGACCCCAUUUCAGGAACAUUUUGGGAAUCCUACUGGGAUGGUAUCUCUUGGUUUCCCAACUGCUGCCCAAAGUUACAAUCCCAUGGAAGCAGAGACUGGAGCAGUUGCUGGGGCUCCGACGUCAGUUAACAGCUCAAGCCAGCAGUGUUCUGAAGCAUCUGCUGAGCACAUAGAAGCAAGGAGGAGAGCACAUGACCAACUUUUGGACCUCAAAAGUGCUUUACUGAAAAAGGCUGAUACAUUGACUAGUGAAAUUUUUAACUCCGUCAGGGAAGAAUUAAAAUCCAAAAACAUAGUUGCUCCCUGCCAGGAGCAUAUAGCCAUAGAUGACAUAAUGAAUCCAGGUACUCUGAAGGAAGACGUCCCUGAGAAAAACCCACCAGAAGUGACACUGACAGGGAUCCAACUGACAGAGCAUUUCGAAGAGCAGGGCAUGGAAAACAGGUCAGCUGUCCGAGGGGAAGAAAAGGUCUGUGUGUCACCUACAGCUGGUGAGAAGAGCUUCCUUUCUGAUUCUGAUAGAAUGAGUUUAUCUUGUUUGUUAGAAGAUCAAGCUAGGGAGUUAGUCAAUGAGGUCAUUUAUUUAGCCCAAGAAAAUUUGACGAAUGAUGCUUUUGAAGAUACUGAGGAUACCUGGGAUUCUGAACUUCAGGCUAAUACUUCAGAAAUUCUGACCAGUGAUAGUGUUAGGCCACAUGAUACAUUGAGGGAGUUCUUGGUAUCUGAACAGGCAGUAAAUCAAAGCACAUGUGAAAUAAGUGAAAAUAAAGUAUUAGGUAGAUUCUUCUCUGUAAGUAACUUAGUUAAUGACACAGAGUCGAUUAAAGGAAGAGAAAUUGUUCUCUACCAGAAAUCCCCAUUUUCUGGAAAUGGAGCUGGACAGUCUGAUAGUAUAAGUCUGCAGGAAUCAGAUGCUGUUUUAUUAGCCAAAGACACACAUAAAGGGUUAGAUAAUGUAGAAACACAUUUAUUUCUAAAAGAGGACUCCAAAGAGAAAGUGGAAAUAGAGCAUGUGGAUAAUCACAAAACUGGGUCAGAGGACGCAAGAACCCUUAUAUUAAAUUUCAAGUGGCCUCCAUUUUUAAGUGAUGACCUCCAUGUACCUGGGACAUCCAAAAGCAGUUUUUCUGAUAGUCUUGUGCGUAUAUCUGAAAAAAGCUUGCCAGGACAGAGUAAUAAAAGCACACUCCUUACAACAUCAGAAGUAGGAAAUGUACACCAAAAAGAUACUGAAGUAAAUGUGGGGAAAAUGGAGCUUAGGCCUUCCGUGUUAGAACUGGGAAAAACAAACAAAAAGGAUGCUGAAUUGAAUAUUAUGAAAUAUGAGGCAGUCCCUCCUAGGUCAGAAAUGGGAAGAGCACAUCAAAAGGAGGCCGAAUUGAAUAUCGCAAAAACUGAGCCAACAGCUGACAUUCUUAAAGUGGGAGAAGUAUACCAAGUAGAUGCUGAGAGGUGUAUUGAAAAAACAGAGAGACUACCUGCCAUCUUAGAAAUGAAAAAAGCUUAUAAAAUGAGGGAUACUGAAGGAGAGCUUGGCAAAACCGAUAUGCUGCCGGUUAUUUCAGAAGUGAAAAAUUUCUACCAAAGAGAUGCUGAGGUAAUUACUGGGAAGACCGAAAUGAUACCUCCCACAUUAGAAAUGGAAAAUAUUUACCAAAAGCAUGCUGAAGGUGAUGUCGGCAGGACUGGGAUGACAGCGGUCAUGUCAGAAAUGGAAGAUGUCUACCAGAAAGACUUUGAGGGGAUUACUGAAAAGACUGAAGUGAUGCCUACCACAUUAGAAAUGGAAGAUAUUUACCCAGAGGAUGCUGAAGGAGAUCUUGAGGAGACUGAGGUGAUACCUGUCGAGUCAGAAAUGGAAGAUACUUACGUAAGGGAUGCUGAAGGGGACCUGGACCAAACCGAGGUUAUGCCCAUUAUGUUAGAAGUGGUAAAUAUCUAUAAAGAAGAUGUUGAGGACAUCACUGGGAAGACUGUAAGACCUGUGUUGGAAAUACCAUACCCAGAGGAUGCCAGAGAGGGUACUAGGAAAACUGAAAUGGUAGAAGUGGAGGAAGCAUACAAGGUGGCAGUCCCUGACUCCUCAGAAAUGGGAAAAUCACGUAAGAGAGAGGCUAAAGAGAUGAUCGGAAUGAUUGUGUCCGUGCCCUCCCCAAGAGAAGUAGAAAGAAGAUCUCCAGAAGACUCUGAUGAGGCUAUCAAGAAACACAGAGUGUCAUCCACAGUGGUAAGCAUUCAGAAAACAUGUGGAGCAGAUCUGGAAUUACCUGUUACACAAGCAGAAGCCAUGCCUCCCAUAUAUAAGGCUGAAAAAAAAACCCAAGAGCCUGGUGGAGAGGGUGUUGGAGAAAUGGAGAAAGAUCCCCCUGAAGGAAAGGAAGGCUUGAUAACAUGUGACAACAGACUUGCCUCCUAUUUCAGGGGAUAUGAAUCACCGACCUUGAGUAAGGACUAUGAAGGCUACCCAGCUUUAGCAAUGCCGGAUGUCCAACCUGGGGGUACCGUAGGGGGGAAGCCACCCAGGAGAACGUCUGUUACUGCAGUGGCUAGCCAAAUACAAGAUGAUAAUUACAGCGAUGAAAAAGAAGACUCUAGCUUAGCCUUCAUUUCUCAGGAUGAACAAGAAAAUUCUUCCUUUACUAUACUAUAUGAAGAACCCCUUCAAGAUGAGGACAGAUACACUACCGCGGAUGUAAGGAGAACACACACUCUCUUGUUUCCAGACACCUCUGCUGACAGCAUGCCUGUUCUCGCAUGCGAGAGGUCUGAGAGCAGAACUGACCUUGUCCAUCACUUUGAAAAGGAUGCCAAAUUAGCUGAGACAUUUGAUAGCGAUAGUUCAGAAUCGUUCCUAUCAGUGGAGGCCAAAAAGUACAAAAUUUAUCCCUUAGCUUUGUCUCCCAUUUAUGAGGAUGACAGCUCUCAGGAAGACAUUCUGUCCAGUGAGGUCUCGCCUGGUCACCAUGGCUCCACAAAGUCAAGAGAGAGUGCAAGCCAGCCCUCUUCCGUGUUAUCCCUUCUCCAGUCAGUAUCAGAGCGUUUAAGGAUGAAUUUUGAUGAAGACAGACAGGGGGGAGAAGAAGACGAGGAGGAAGACGAGGAGGAGGAGGAACUGUUACAUAAAGGAAGCCUGAGGGCUAGGAGGAGGGAAACCUUCAAGCAGCCAGACCCUUCCAUCACAUUUUACCCUGAUGAUGACCAGGAGAGGACUGGAAUGUCUAAGAAUUCAUAUGUAAUGUCAAGUGAACCUACUACCUCCAAUCUGCAAGUUGGUCUGUGGCCAGAAAAGGCUUCAUUUCUACAGAAAUCUGACCUUACUUCUAAACUGCAUUCUUCUUUAAAGAGUGCUUAUCAUCAGUAUUUGCAGACUUCCAAAACCCAUUCCUCAGAAAAAGGAGCCCGAUUUGGUGGGAUUUUUCAGGAACCGGUGUCAAAAUAUUUCCGUGCUCAGGACAUCUCAGGCAGAUUAAGCCCGUUCACAGAGAAUAUUAACAAACAGAUUUUGCGGUGUAACCCAAGACCUGGAAAGAUGGUUAUCUAUGAUCUCCAUGGAAGUAAAUAUAAGCAAGAGAUCUACUGUAAUAUUCCUGAUGCUACAUCAUGGUCCUUUCCGAAUGGGGUACUGAUAAAAGUUGUAAGGGGCUGCUGGAUUUUGUAUGAGAAGCCACAUUUCCAAGGUCAGAAAUGUGUGUUGGAAGAAGGGGAAAAGGUGUUAAAUCGUGACUGGAUCCUUCAGAACAGGAAGCAUCCACAGAGAGACUUUGUAUUGGGUUCUAUCAAACGUGUCUUAAAGGAUUGCAGCAUUCCAGAGAUAGAACUUUGCCCACGGUCUGACCCAGCGUGUUGUCCUAUCCAUAUACAGCGAGCAGUCCCCAAUUUGGAAGAGCUGAAUAUCCCCAAAUCUGUGUCCUUCACUGUGAAGUCAGGAGUUUGGCUUGCCUACCCAGAUAUUAAUUUUAAAGGGCAAGCUACAGUUUUAGAGGAAGACCAUGGACUCUUUGAGAUUUCUGCAACAGAAAUGAAAUCAUUGCAUCCACUUAAAAUGGGUGGACUAAAAGUGGAAAUGCCUAUGAACUUAAAGGUCAUUAUUUAUGAAAAACCUCACUUUCAUGGACAGGCCAAGGAGUUUAGUGAACACAUAGAUUCUGUCCCUAAGUUUUUAAAAAAUAAUGGGGACUUUCAUGGAAUUGGAUCAAUUCGUGUCAUCGGUGGAGUAUGGGUUGCCUAUGAAAAAGAACAUUUUAAAGGCCAGCAGUUCUUGCUUGAAGAAGGAGAUUUUGAAGACAGUAAUGCCUGUGGGGCAUUAAGUGGCCCCAUCUUGUCUUUCCGGUUCUUACAAGCUAAUUUUAUAGAAUCUUCUAUCACACUCUUUGAAUCUGACCUAGAAAAUGGGAAGUUUAUUGACAUUACAAAUCAGGAAAUUUCUGACUUGGAAGAAGUUGGCUUUGGCAGUGAAACAAGAUCCAUUCAUGUUAAAAGCGGCGUAUGGGUUGCCUACCAGCAGAAGUUCUUUUGUGGAGAACAGUACAUUUUAGAGAAAGGAAAAUACAAAUGCUUUUUUGACUGGGGAGGAUCAAAUAAUAUAAUCAUGUCAAUACGACCUAUCCAACUGGAACCGCUUGGAAUAAAUGAGCCUCCACAUUUGCUCAAAGCAUUCAGUAAACCAGGAUUCCAAGGUGAAUGUGUAGAUUUUACAGAAGAAACUUCGGAUUUGACUCCAUUCACACCAUGUUCUUUUAAAGUUCUUCGGGGUUGCUGGAUCCUGUACUACCAAGAGGACAAUUCUUGUAAUCAGUGUGUGUUAGAAGAAGGCCUCUAUGCUGAUCUUACUUCCUGUGGCUGCCCAACAUCUAGAGUUAAAUCUCUCAAGCCCAUUGACUAUGUUUUUGAAGAACCCUCCAUCAGCCUCUUUGCCCUGGAACACUGUGAGGGCAGAGAGCUGCACCUAGAGGAGGCCGUGAACUCCGUUCUGAACAAGGACCUGCACUUCUACACCCAGUCCGUGUGGGUGAAGAGUGGACUGUGGAUAGCUUAUGAAGGAUCCAAUUUCUUAGGAAGACAAAUCUUACUCGAGCCUAAUGAGAUCCCAAAUUGGACAGCAUUCAGUGGCUGGAAAACAAUUGGUUCCCUCCGUCCUAUGAAGCAGCCCGCAGUGUACAUCAGAAUCAAGAACCGGGCCCAGGACGAGUAUCUGACGGUCACUGGCAAUGUUGCUGACACACGAGCCACAUCGGUGUGCAUUUCUCCCUACAGCGGGAAGACUACUCAGAUCUGGCACUACUGUCGGGGACUCUUUAAAUCCAAGGCCAGUGACACUUGCCUGGACGUGAUUGGUGGCCGGGACACCCCGGGAGCCAAAGUGGCUCUGUGGACGGAACACGGACAGUUCCAGCAGAAGUGGAGGCUGAACAGAAACGGAACCAUCAGCUCCUAUCUCAGUGAUCAGCUGGUCCUCGAUGUUAAAGGAGGAAAUUAUUAUGACAAGACUCAUGUAAUUGUAAAUCAGCCCCUGGAGGGAGAAGAGACACAGAAAUGGGACAUUGAAAUAUUGUGAGAGCGUCUGCAACAUCUCCAGAAAGAGCAGAGGAAGGAGGAACUCCACGUCCCAAGGAGAGGAAGCUACACUGCUGCAUCACUGAGCAGAAUGAAGUUUUCCCCCAGCUUCCAUGACCAUUUCUCUUAACCAUGGAAACACAAGUAUUCUUGCCAGUUGUUUAGUGUUCCUGUGAAAAACACGUUCUGAUUUCUGCAAAAGGUUCUGUUCCUGCUUGAUCAGCUUUUGGUGAGCAAAUCCCAAGUGUGUUUUCUCUCCUGUCCACCAGGCCCCCGUCCUAUUGCUGAUGGCCCUUGUGGGACACUGGGGACUGUCAUCCCGCAUUAGGUGUUCACAUCCUAGGAGGUGGGGGUGUGGGUGCUAAGCACAGGGAGACGUUCCUUUAGGUCAAGUCAUACUGUUGCAGGAAGAAUACAUUUUAUAGCAAUGCCUGAACACAUUUAAUAGGGCCUCCUAUAAGCUGCUGUAUUCUGUUAAAGCCUCAGUGAAGAACCCUUUAAGGCUUACCUAACCAACGCACCGUUAAGUAUCAUACUUGGAACUGACCCCAGGGAAGCACCUCGGCUUCGUUGGGAAAAAGGCUCAAGUGUUGGCAUGUUAUCUGUAGCCAAACUAAAGCACAAAUAACCUUGUGACAUCCUUGCUCUCCUUAACUGACGCCCUCCUGGGUGACUCACCUGCCCUGGUGCUGAGACCUCCUCCUAGACGUUGCAUGAUGUGCCCUCAAGGAGUAUUUAGUCAAAUUUUUCUUUGCCCGAAGUAGUAAAGGGAAGUUUCAAAUGUUUAAUCAAAACCAAGCAGUAUUUGAGCUCUGACUAUAUACCAUUUUAUUUAAUGAAAUGGCUGAAAACUCAGUUAUUCAUUUCCAUUUAAUCAUUACCACCUUUAAAAUUUAUACAGUUCUUAAGUAUUUUUCCCUGAGUUGGUUUUAAACUUACAUUGAGAUAACUGUUCCCUUCAUCCUGAACUUUGCCAGAAAGCAGAAACUUAAUCUAUUUUUAUAUAGAAAGAUUAAAUACUCCAGUGAUAUUUUUAAAUAUCAACCUAUAAGCACUUUAGAAUGUAAAAUAACAGUGAAUUGUUUAAACACAAAGACCCACUAUUUUGAGCAUUUUUAAUAGAGACUUGGUCUUUCCAUGUAAAUACUGAAAAUUUUUCCUUCAAUCUCAGGCUCUUUGUCAUCUCUGAAGCAGCACCUGUAAAAGUCCUGUAUGCCCUAGAUGUGAGCACCCCUCACAGUGUGGCAGUAUUUAAUGAAACUUAUGGGGGUAACUUUAUUUUCAGGGAGGAGGGUUGUGUAUACACAAAGGUAUGUAUGUAUAUUUUCAUUGUAAAAAACCAAUUUAAAACUUUUUUCUUUGUGUUAAUUGAAAGAUUUUUGUAGAGCCAAUGAAGCUCUUUAAAGUUGUUUCUUCCAAAGAACAAAGCCAGGUAACAACAUUUAAAUUUCAGUGAUACAUUUAUUGGAGCUGUGCCUUUUCUAUCACACUGGAUUAAAGGAGUUUGUCGAGAGUA